AGUGUUUCGCAAAUAUACUUCUCGUCCGGUGCGUUGUCUUUUGACUCGCGUGGCGCAAUCUAAGAAGCUGCUAAGUCGAAUCCCUGAGGACACAACAGAUUCUGGCGACGGAGGUGUUACACAAUAAUGUCCAUUUCAUUUGAGCAGAUGCAGCAGCUUCUCCAUCAGCAGCAGCUCCAGUUCGAGAAAUCCCAGAGGCAAUUGUUCGAGUUAUUUGAGCAGAAGCUGAACGUUCAAUCUGAGCCCCAACCUGCUGGCACACCAUCUUCAGUAGACGCGGUGAUGACAGCAAUCACAGAGUUCGUUUUCAAUGAACCAAACGGAGUAACUUUUGAUUCCUGGUUCAAGAAAUAUGAAGAUAUUUUCCGUGUUGAGUUGGCGGCGCAAGAUGAUGCAUGGAAAGUUCGGUUGUUGCUGCGUAAACUUGGUGCAGUUGAGCAUGAACGCUAUAUCAAUUUUGUGUUGCCAAAGAAUCCAAGGGAUUUCCGCUUCGAUGAGACUGUGCAAAUCCUGACGUCCAUUUUCGGUGAGCAAGCAUCUUUGUUCAGUAUCCGUUAUAAUUGUUUAAAGUUGCUCAAACGUGAUAGCCAUGAUUUUAUAACACAUGCUGGAGUUGUGAACCGAGAGUGUGAACGUUUUAAACUCGGUACGAUGACACCUGAUCAGUUCAAAAGUCUCAUAUUUGUUUGCAGUCUUCAGUCUCAUGCCGAUGCUGAUGUGCGCACACGCAUCCUACACAAGUUAGAGCAGGAACCCCAUUUGACAUUACAGGACAUUGCUGCUGAAUGCCAGAGACUGAUUAACUUAAAGCAUGAUACCAAAAUGAUUGAAAAUGCUGACCCCAGGAGUGAACCACAGAUUUACCGCACGGCUGUUCGAGGUAAAAAUGUGAGCCAUAGAGUACCCAACCAGAAACCCCCGACCGCAUGCUGGAACUGUGGUGGAUGGCAUUUUGUGCGAUUCUGUACUUACAAGAAGCAUCUCUGUCAGAAGUGCAAACGUCUCGGUCACAAAGAAUCACACUGUCGCAAAACGUACGUUUCCAGGCCUGUGUCUACCCCACACUUGUACACGAACUCUAAAUCCCAAAAGACGUCGUUUCAGGGAGCAAAGACAAAAGUAGUUCUCGCGACCUGUCGCACAGAAUUUGCGGGCAAACGAAAGUACCUCACCGUCAAAAUUAACGAUGUUCCCAUAUCCUUGCAAAUAGAUACGGCAUCGGACAUUACCAUCAUUUCUCGAUCAUCAUGGACGAGACUCGGCAAACCUCCACUGAGGCGCACCAAUCUGACUGCCCAAAAUGCAUCCGGCGAACCACUGAGGUUAGAUGGUGAGUUCACAUGUGACAUUAAAUUCAAAGAUCUGAGCCUCCGUGGAACCAUCUACUUAGCUUCUUGUGUCAACAUUAAUCUUCUUGGCAUUGAUUGGAUUGAUAGAUUGAAUUUGUUCAAUGUACCACUGAAUAAUGUGUGUUCUGAAACGAACCUCAGGGUGCAUCAUACAGCCAUACCACCUAUUCCAAGUAAAACCAUUGCUGAACAGUUUCAGGCGAACAAGAUGCAGACAAAGAUUACUCUGUUACCUUGUGCUACACCAGUGUUUCGACCCAGGCGCCCGGUCUCGUAUGCAUCACCUCGUACAAAUUCGGAUAUGGAAGCCCAGUACAACAGACGGUACCGAGCACGGCGCAGAAAGUUCAGAGUUGGAAACGCAGUGUUUGCUGCCUCUCAUCGAGGGCAUCGAAUAAGCUGGAUACCAGGUCAAGUCGUGGGACGACGUGGCAAAGUAAUGUACGAUGUUCGCGUUGGUAGGCAAGUAUGGGUUCGUCAUGCCAACCAACUGCGACCGCGGUUUGCAAGGAUCCCAGAGACACGCGACCCCAAAGGAUUUGAUUUCAAUGAAUUGUUAUGCACUUUGCACCCAAGCACCUCGACCGGACAGGAUACGCAACUCGUGGAACGGACUGAAAGUGAACACCGACUAAGGCCACAACGGGUAAGAAGAUGCGUGCAACCCUUGCAGGUCGAUCCCCGAAGGAAAACCUAUACAACUACCGGUCUAACUAUUUCAACAAGGGGGAGGUGUUAGGUCAGACCAAAGUCAAAUGCGCACAGAAACGAAACAAAUUGACUUGUUCGGGAAGGUAAGUGCGCAAUUUCCCCAAGUAACCGUGUGCCUUGUAUCAGAACAGUCUCAGUUACAAGCAGACUAGUGCUUUCCUGUGUUGCAGAACAUUUGUUACUACCGCUUGUUUCAUACCACUCACACGUCCCGUGAUUCUUUGAGAUCGAUAAAUUCAAACUAGCACACAGCCGUGAUUUGAACUGUAAUCGGUGUGUUUUCAUUCCCACGUCGGCCCGUUCUGUGUUUUCGCAAAUAUACUUCUCGUCC